AUGCUGCCCUGUUCAUCAUCUGCGCAGAUGGAGGGUUGCGGGGAGGAGAGAGACCCACAUAUGCAAACAGAGUGCAACAGACUGACCGAGGAGAGAGAUGAGGUGGAGAGACAGCUCAAACACAUCAAGAGAGUGUCCCAGAUGGUGAUUGAGGAGGUGAGCGUUUUGCAGACUCAGCUGGAGAUUGAGAAGUCAUGCCGCGAGAAUGCAGAGGCUUUGGCCACAAAGCUGAACUGUGAGAACAGGAAGUUGAAGUACCUGAGCCUGUCGUCGCGGCCGUGCCUGGACGAGAUUCUCCCCAGCAUCUCUGACUGCAUCGCCCUGGAGGAGGAAGCCGACACGCACGAUGCCAGCCCUGACACGUUCAUACAGUACCAACAACAGGCUAAAGAGCUUCGUGAGAUGGUGAACACCUUGCUGGAGGAGAAAAAGGAGUUUGUUUGUCAGAUCCACGACCAGCGGAGACAGAUAGAUGAGCUCACAGCACAGUCUGACAGAGAGCAGACGGAGAUGAAGGAGCUGCGUGAAAUGGUUGAGCAACAGACCAAGACCAUUAAGAGAUUUAACAGAGUCUCAAUGAUGGCCACCCAGGAGUAUGAGGGAAUGAGGGAUCAGCUGGACUUGGAGCAGAGCCUGAGGGUGAAGGCAGAAACCUUUGCACACGAGAUGCUGGUGAAGCAGAAGGAGGCCAACAGACAGAGUAUGAUCCUGAUGCAGAGCGCCGAGCCCGGCAUACAGCUGCUCAAAGCCCUGGAGGACGUGGCCAGCGUCACCAAGACUCUGGAGGAGGAGAGGCUGCAGCAUCAGCAGAAGGUGCAGAGCUUGGAGGCGGAGCUUAAGCAGAGCGCUGUAAGAAAGGAACUGGAGUGUCUGCAGAGACAACUGCAACUCCUGGAGGAGGAGAAGAGGGAGAUGGAGGCGAGGCUUGUGCAGGCAGAAAAGAGGAACAGAGAGCUCGAGAGCAGAGUCCAAGAGCUUCAGGAGGCCCAGAAAACCAAUGCCACAGCUGUUACCAAGGCUGAGGCCCCGCCCCUGGCAUCUGGGGCCGCCCCUCCCCCCACCCCUCUUCCCCAGCCUCCUCCGCCCCCUCCUCCUCCCCCGCCCCCUCCCCCACCACCUCCUCCAUCCCGUUGCAACCCCCUCAGCUCACUGAUUGCCAUCAUGAGAAAGUCCUCCAAAGGGUCCAAGGCUUCUCCAAAGCCAGAGCCGCCUCCUGUUGCCGAGGGGGUUAACGAUGUGAAGGUGAAAGCGGUGAAUGAGAUGAUGGAGAGGAUCAAACAUGGAGUGGUCCUCCGCCCUGUCAAGGGCCAGGACAACAAGAGAAUCGCCGUAAAACCUCUAGUGUGUGAGGAGAAACAGCAGGAGAGUGCUAUGGAAGAACUGAAAGGCAUGCUGGAGACUGUAAAGAGGAGCCCCAGCCGUGGAUCUCAGGAGCAAGUCCCCUCUCCACCGGGGAAAAAAGACAGUGAGUUGGAGGUGAUACUCCGACGCAGACGCAAUAAGGCAGGAGAGCCCAACUCUGGAGAUGAGAGGGAAGGCCAAAUCAGCCACGUCUCUUCCUCUGAUAGCCUGAAUGGGAGGCGCACAAGCACCGACUCUGGCAAGGAGCCAGAGGGGCCAGGGGGACUCGGGGUCCCGUCUGACCCAGCAGGGCCCAGGGUCAGCCCAGAGAGGCGUGGGUCAGGGCCGGGACCAGGGCCCGUGGUAGCCAGGAGGAAGAGCUCUGAUACUGGCAAAGAGCCCAGAGUGUCCUCCUGGCAGGAGAGAAGGUCCCGGAGCUCUUUGUCUGAGAAGGGGGCCCCCCAGUCUCCAGUUACCAAUGGCUGCAUUGUCAGUGAGGAUGAGAAUCAUAUAGCAGCCCCUGGAAAAUGUGCUCAGCCCAAUGGAGUGACUUCCACUGAACCUUGUGAGAACCCACAUGCCGAUGUUUCCACAAGCUUUUCCAGUGAGCCCAGCCCAGUCAAUGGGAGCACAGAUGCUGAGUGCUAA